AUGGAAAUGAAUCACCUCAUAGGUCAGCGUUUCAACCUGAUCUCAAAAAGUGAUAUUCGCUAUGUCGGUACUCUUCACGAAAUCAACCCCGAAGCUUCCACGAUAGCCCUUGAGAAUGUCAUGUCAUUCGGUUCAGAAGGGCGCCGUGGUAACCCCGCCGAGGAAGUCCCUCCCUCCACCAGUGUCUAUGAAUACAUCGUCUUUCGAGGAAGUGAUGUGAAGGACAUCAGCAUUGCUGGGGAGGACCAAAAGGAUCCCGCACCGCAAGAACCACCUCGGGUACCAGAUGACCCUGCUAUUCUCGGGGGUGCGCAACGACCGGCUCCUGUCCAAGGGCCUGACUCGGGACCGGCUCCACCAAAUCUUCCCCCCCAGGGCCCUCCCCAGCUGCCCCAGGGAGCCGGCCCAACUCCUCCCGGUUACCCUCAGCAGCACCAAUUCCAGCAAGGCUUCUACCCACCCUACGGACAGCAGCGAUUUGGACCACCUCCGCCAUUCCCUCCCGGUCCCGGCUUCCCACCCUACGGUGCUCCGCCCGGAUGGUACCCCCCACCAGGCCAUGGAUUCCCCCCUGGUCCUGGUCAAUUCCAACCCCCGAUGCCUAUUGGUCCUGGCCAGCAGCCUGGCCCUCAGCAAUCUGCACCUCAACAGCCUGGAUCUCAGCAGCCUGGGCCUCAGCGCGCGGGGCCUCCCGGUGCCGCCCCCGCACCUCAGCCCACCUCUGAACUCCCAGUCGGGGAGAAACCCGCCAACAAGUCUACGAGCCGUAACGCAACCCCCACCGCUCAGAACGCCCCCACUCCUCCAAUCGAGUCCAAGCCUACAGUGGCUGAAGCUUUGCAGGCGCCUGUUAGCACUGCUCCUCUGACUGCUCAGAAGAAUGGCCGAGUCAUGCCAGCUAUCCCCAUUGCCGCUCCAAAGCCAGCUCCUCCGAUCGCCCACAUUCCUACAGCCCCUCGGGGAAAUAACCAGUCAACCACUGAUGCCACAGCGGCCGCCACUGCCGCCGUUGCUGCUGCCAUGGCCAAGUUGCCGCAGCCUGGCGCCCAAAAGCAACCCGGACAGCCUGAUGGUGUCGUGGACGCACUUGCGCAGCAAAUGAAUCACAUGCGCCCUUACGAUAACACCCGUGCUCCCCGGGGCGGUCACCACCACCCUCGCGGUGGACGCGGCGCUCGUCAGCAACAGCCCAAGAAGAUUGAAGUCCCCCAAUCUGAUUACGAUUUCCAAACCGCCAACGCCAAGUUUAACAAGCAGGAUUUGGUGAAGGAGGCCAUUGCCACUGGAGUUCCUGCCGCUGAGGCUGAGACCCAUGCAGCCGAGGAGGCAGAAUCAAUGGAAUCCAUGUCAAACGGUGGCACCUCUGCGCACCAUGGCUACAACCGCGGUUCCUCCUUCUUCGAUAAUAUCUCGAGCGAGGCUCGCGAUCGUGAGGAAAACACCGCUCGUGUCGGUGGUCGCGAAUGGCGCGGCGAGGAAGAGAAGCGCAAUAUGGAAACCUUCGGACAAGGAAGCGUUGAUGGCUACCGCCCCAACUACCGCGGUCGUGGCCGUGGUCGCGGCUAUGGUCGCGGUCGAGGUGGAGGUGGUUACGGUCGUGGCUACGGCCGUGGCCGCGGCGGCCGAGUCGCCUCGGAAUCUACUGGUGUUCCAUCCCAGGGUUAA